AUGGAUUUUAUGAAAGAAUAUCGGAACUUAGGUCAUAUGACACCAACCAACGAGAAUUUUUCUGCAACCACUCACUACUUCAUACCCCAUCAAUGUGUUCUGCGACCACAGAGCACCUCUACUAAGCUUCGGGUUGUAUUCGACGCAUCAAGUCGAACAUCUUCGCAGAAGUCAUUAAAUGAUCUACUAAUGGUCGGUCCGAUCGUGCAAGAAGAUUUGUAUUCAAUCCUGAUUCGUUUCCGCAUGCAUAAGUAUGCAAUAACUGCUGACAUUGUUAAAAUGUACCGUCAAAUUGAAGUUGACGAGGCAGACAGAACUUUUCAACUUAUACUUUGGAGAGAAAAUUCGUCCGAAGAACUGAAGGUGUACAAAUUAAACACUGUGACUUAUGGUACGUCAUCUGUACCAUUCCUAGCUACUGGCUGCUUAACCCAUUUGAACGAUAUUUAUCAACUUAUUUAUCCCAGGGGAGCAAACUCAAUACGCAAUGACUUUUAUGGCGAUGAUUUGCUUACUGGUUCGGAUAAAUUUGAAAAUUUAGAAACAAUUCGAAAAGAAGUCAGUUAUAUUCUCAAUGAAGCAGGAUGUCAAUUAGCGAAAUGGUUCUCAAACCACUCAGCCUAUGGAAGCACCGAGCUGUUAGAAAAACCGUUCAAAGUCAAUGACAGUGAUAUUACAAAGGCCCUUGGAAUCCAUUGGUUGCCAAAGAGUGAUAUUUUCAAAUUUCAUUUAGAAGAAAAAUUCAAUCAUUUACGAGCGACAAAGAGAAAUAUAUUGUCGGUUUCAGCUCGACUUUUCGACCCCCUCGGUUUGAUUUGCCCAAUUAUCACUAAAGCAAAAAUAUUGUUGCACGAACUUUGGCUUCAAAAACUUAAUUGGGAUGAAUCGAUACCUAUCCACCUUGACACGAUAUGUAUGUGUCAAGGUGCAUAUAUGAUAUGUAAAUGUGAUUCCAAAUUCCAAAUGCGAAAUUCACGGUUUCGCAGACGCUUCGAUAAGAGCUUAUGGCUGUUGUAUUUACAUCAGCCAUAA